AUGUACGGCGAUCUGGGCCACAAACUUCUUCUAGACGCCAAAAGAACGUCGAAUCUUGCAGAAGUGCCAUUGUACCAGCUAGAGUUGGUCAAGGAUAUUGUUCUGGAGAUUUCAGACCUAAAAGGUGAUGUCGACUAUCUCAGUGAACAAGAACUCUUCACUGCAGACGCUUCUGAAGAAGAGAGAAGAGUUGCACAGUGCCAGAUCUUCGUUCGACUGUUAUUUAUGAGACGGAAUAAGAGAGCUCUUCUUGCACACCAGAAACUACGAGCUGAUAAGAUGAACGAGUUUCUGUGGCUUAACAUAGAUCCAGUGGCUACAGCUGAUACCACAACAGCAGCGACGAAGAACGAAUCGCUACUUCACUCAUCAGGUACGACAAAGCUAGCUUUGGAGAACCUAUCGAACCCAGAACAAGAAUACUUCAGACAGUACCAGGAUCUAAUGCUAGACUUCAAAUCGUCUUUUGCAGACAUUGAGCUAUCCGGAGAUCUAGAGCCCCCUACAGAUAUAUUCAUUGACGUUCGUGUUCUUAAAGACGGAGGAGAAGUCCAGACUGAAUACGGUGUGUUCAAUCUCAUUAAGGACUCUCAGUUCUAUGUGCGUAAAUCAGAUGUUGACCGCUUGAUCCAACAAGGGUACUUGGAGCAAAUCUAG